AUGCUUCUGAUGGUCACAUUAUACAUCAGGAAAGUAGAAAUUACAUUGAAGAGACAGAGAUUACCUGUGAGAUCCAACAUUAUGUCAACUGUGUUCUACCGUCCAUUUACCCAUCAUUUUCAUUUCGCCAAGCCUUUCAAAAGAUCGCUUCUCUAUAAUAGGAGCAGGCAUAUAUCAUAUUUUUCCGACGAUUACUUUAAGCCAUUGUCUGAUCUAGAUAAUGACUUGAUGACAGAUAAUAUUCCUGCUGUAGAAUUAUCAUUUGAUCACAUUAAAGCAAAACAUGGAUCUGGAAAAAAGGCUCCUUUUAUAAUUCUUCAUGGCUUUUUUGGAAAUAAAACUAACAAUCGAACAUUAGGAAGGGGACUCAAUGAACAAUUAAAUAGAGACAUAUAUUUAUUAGACCUAAGAAACCAUGGAAGGUCACCACAUAUGGAAAGACAUGAUUAUACAUCUAUGGCACAUGACGUAGAGUUAUUUAUUGAAAAACAUAUGACACCUGAUAUAAAACCGAUUAUAAUUGGACAUUCUAUGGGAGCCAAAGUAGGAAUGAGUAUUGUUUUGAGAAAACCAAGUAUCUCAUCCAUGUUGGUGAAUAUUGAAAAUGCCCCUGUAUCAAAGGUACCAGAGGAUACAUUUCCUCGAUAUAUAAGACAAUUAUUGAGGAUAUGCAACAAUCCCGAUAUCAAAACUAUGGAUGAUGUUGACGAAAAACUAAAGGAAGUCGAGCAGACUGCAAGCGUCCGUCAAUUCUUAAUGACUAAUUUAACAAGAAAGAAGAAUUUGGAAACCUCGGAAUAUGCAAUAAAAUCGAGAAUUCCGUUAGAUAUAUUGAAUGAUUCAGUCAUAAAAGGUAAUAUUUCAGGAUGGGAAUUUGAUCCCAACUUUCACCAAUGGAAGGGCCCUACUCUCUUUAUACGAGGAACUGAGUCCAAUUAUAUAACAGAUGAAUAUUUACCUACGAUAGGAUUAUUUUUCCCAAGGUUUGAAGUUCGAGAUGUGCAAGGUGCAGGUCAUUGGGUCAACUCGGAAAACCCAAACAAGUGUGUAGAAUACAUUUCGGAGUUUGUUGAAAGGCACGAAGACUUGUAA